UGAUCAAUUUUAAAUUCAGGCUGUAACACACAAAAUGUGGAAAAAGUCAACGGGUGUGAAUACUUUCUGAAGACAAUACAUGUAUUUGGUCAUCUACGUCAUUGCGGUUCUGUGCGACUCGGUUGGAAGAGCAUGAUGUUAGUAUUGCUAGGGUUGUGGCUUCAUUUCCCAGGGCCACCCAAAUGUAAAAUGUAUACCCAUGACGAAGUUGCUUUUGAUAAAAGUAUCUGCUAAAUGGCAUAUGUGCUAUUUCUCUCGACUGAAAAUGGUAGCCUAAGGAAUUGUGGUUGUAAAUCUGUUUUUAGACACAUUUUUAUUUGUGUGUGUGUGUGUGUGUGUGUGUGAGAGAGAGAGAAAAAGAGAGCGAGCGAGGUGGGGUGGGUUCGCUCAAUAGAUUAAUUAUGUUUGCCCAGUCAAUGCCUCCACAUUUGUAACGAGCAGAAGGGUCGGCUACUGCUACUGCUACUGCUACUGCUGUUAUGUGAUGGACAGAGAGUAGGCAACAUUUCUUCUUAGAUAUGGGCUGUGCUGGAGGGUGGCUGCUCCAGGCUGUGUGUCUGCUGUCUACCCUUCUGGAUUAUGGUGCAGUGAGGGUAACCAUGAGACACUCCAAUCUGGAGGUGGUUCAGGGGGACUCGGUGACCCUGCCCUGCUCCUUCUUCACCAUGAGUCCGCUGUCCAGACUCAACAUCAUCUGGACCCUGGCACCCUUCUCUGACCCAGACUCCCCCACACAGGUGAUAGUGUUUGAUCAUGGCCAGGUGAUCGAGAACCCCUCCCUGACAGGCAGGGUGGGUUUCCUAGGCAUCCCCUGGAGUGCUGACAUCAUCCUCAACAACACACGCAUCUCAGAUGCUGGCACCUACCGCUGCAUGGUGAGCAACCCCCCAGAGACUGGAGACCCUGGUAUAGGGGAACUGGCCCUUAACGUCCUGGCACCACCCUCGCUGCCCCUGUGCCUGUGGGAUGGGGUCACUGAUACAGGGGGGAGCGUUGCCCUGUCCUGCAUGGUGGCUGAGGGGGUGCCCACUCCCGAGAUGCGGUGGGAUAAAUUGGAACCAGAGGAAAUCUCACUACCCAUCAACAUGAACGGGGACCUAUCAGGCUCUGUCCAGAUAGUCAACAUCUCGUCCCAGAACUCUGGGCUGUACCGCUGCUCCGUCACCAACCUCCUGGGGACCCAGAACUGUUACGUCAACCUGUCUAUCUACAGCCCUCCAGCCAGCUCCCCAGGGAUCCUCCAGGGGGUGUUGUUGACCCUGUCCAUGGCCCUGGUUCUGCUGGCCCUGCUGGUGCUGGUACUGUGGCUUCAUCGCUCUGGCCAGAAGAGGAAGUGGACGGAGGGGAAGGAAGAGGAGUGUUAUAACGAGAUAAGGUACACUCCCUCUCUGAUCAAACGCUCCUUUGUUUGAUCCCUCCAUCCAAGGAAGACAAAACAACCAGAUGCCUUCUACAAAAAAAGAAAAAAAAGAUUCAACUCACACUCUACAACUCAUUCAAUUGAACAUUUGUUUCAUAAAAUGUGUUAAGAAUGAGUGUCCAUUGGAGAAUGAAGAGAGUUACCUAACCGUGCCCUGCAGAUAGACAUUGGUUCCCACUAUUGAAAUAUUUCUCCCAUAGAAUACUUGAUAAACUGUAACCUUUUUUGCUAAUAAAAUGUUUGAAUGGAA